GAUCUGUGAGUCGUGUGUACAGCUGCUGUGUGUCUGGUGUGUGGGAGCAGACGCGGGGCGAGGAAGUCCGAAACCUGCAGCUGUCAGGAGCGCAGGAUGGCCAUGGAUAAAGCCGAAAACCCGCCGCUGUAGGAGCGAUCGGGCCACCCCCGAGCCGAAAAACAGGCAGAUAAAGUUUAUACUCCCCCUCUAUUGCAGAGACCGAGUCGGCAGAGGGCUCACUCCGGUCCCUCCCUGUUAGAAGAAAUGUGGCUAAACCCCGAUGAAGUUCUGCUCAAAAAUGUGCUGAAACUCUGGGUGACCGAGAGGAGCAACGACUUCUUCCUGCUGCAGAGGAGGAGAGGCCACGGCGAGUCCAACAGCAGGAUCACAGGGCUCCUGGUGGGGGCGCUUGACAAUGUUCUGGACUCCACUGCCAGGGUCACUCCCUUUCGCAUCCUCCUCCAAGUUCCCGGCUCCCAGGUCAGCUGGAUCAUUGCCAGUGGAGCUGCCAUAGAAGAGGUGAACAAGCACUGGGACUGGCUGCUCCACAACCUGCUUCACUCUCUGUCUGUGUUUGAGAACAAGGAGGAUGUUGCCAGCUUCGUCAAAGGAAAAGUCAAGGGCCUUAUCGCCGAGGAGGUUCAGGGACGCCAGGCGGCCCAGGAGGAUGACCCGGGGAAGUUCAGGGAGGCGCUCCGGAAGUUUGAGGUUCACUUUGGCCUCCCCUCGUCAGAGAAACUGGUGACGUACUACUCCUGCUGCUGCUGGAAGGGCCGGGUGCCUCGGCAGGGCUUUCUCUACCUCAGCAUCAACCACAUGGCCUUCUACUCCUUCCUGCUGGGGAAGGAAGUCAAGUUUAUGAUUCCCUGGGCAGAGGUAACACGGUUGGAGCGGGUCUCCACCGCUUUAAUGCCAGAGGCAAUUCGGGUCACCACACGGCAGCGGCAAAGGGAGUUCUCCAUGUUCUUGAACCUGGACGAGGCAUUCGGAGUCAUAGGUCAGCUGGCUGACAUUGCCCUGAGGCGGCUGCUGGACAGCAAAGGCCUAGAGCUGGACCGAGUGCUGCAGCAGCCCGCACGCAUCACCAAAAGGAUCCUAGAGGAGCAGGCUAUUAGGGAAUAUGUUCUGGCUCUGUUUCGACUCCCACGGAGUGAAAACCUCUAUGAGGUGGCCUCCUGUUCAGUUUGGACACCACACGCCCGCUGCCACACAGCCGGGACUCUCUACACCACCGACAGUUAUCUGUGUUUCUCCAGCCGAGAGGAAGGCAACCUCAUCCUGCUCAUACCCCUCUCAGAGGUUUUGUCCAUAGAGAAAGCAGACAGCACCAGCGCGCUGCCCAACCCUGUCAUAGUGAGUAUUCGGACUAAAAAGGCCUUCCAGCUGAUUGAGCUGAACGACAGAGACGAGCUGGUUGAGAACAUGAACUCCAGACUUCGAGCGCUGCAGUGGAAACGGUCCAUGUUCCGCAGCAGGAAAGAGGGCAAGAGGAGCGUGAGCUCCCCAACACCUUACUACACCUUCUAUUAUGACACUGGGUACUCUGAUGAAGAAGAGAUAGAGGAGCAUGUCCUGCGCAACACUGUCAACAGUGAAGCUCUCAUGACAGCCUUCCACCAAAAUCAACCAGGAACCAACGGCAACAAGAGCACGAAUCAGGUGAAGGAGCGGCUGUGGGAGGAUCAUUUCUCUGAGUUCGGACGUGGCGUCCACAUGUUUCGCACAGAGAAGAUCCAAAAGCUUGUGGCCAUGGGGAUACCAGAGUCACUGCGAGGGGAGCUGUGGAUGAUAUUUUCAGAUGCAUCCUCUGACCUAGGGUCCCAUGAAGGCUACUACGCCAGCUUGGUGCAGAAAUCAAUGGGCCAUAACAACCUGGCCACAGAGGAGAUCGAACGGGACCUGCACCGCUCACUGCCAGACCAUCCCGCUUUCCAAAACCCAACGGGCAUUGCUGCACUCAGGCGCGUCCUCACUGCGUAUGCUCACCGCAACCCAAAGAUCGGAUACUGUCAGUCUAUGAACAUCCUGGCAUCGGUGCUGCUGCUGUAUGCUAAAGAGGAAGAUGCCUUCUGGCUGCUGGUGGCCGUGUGUGAAAGAAUGCUGCCCGACUACUUCAAUCGCAGGGUCAUAGGCGCUCAGGUGGACCAGUCGGUGUUCGAGGAGCUCAUCAGGGAGCGUCUGCCAGAGCUGGCUGAACAGAUUCCAGACCUUUCCACCCUCUCCUCUGUGUCCCUGUCUUGGUUCCUCACCCUGUUCCUGAGCGUCCUGCCGUUCCACAGCGCCGUCUGCGUGGUCGACUGCUUCUUCUUCCACGGAAUCAAAGCCAUCUUCCAGCUUGGUCUGGCUGUGCUGGAGGCCAAUGCUGCGGAGCUUUCGUCCAGCACAGAUGACGGGCAGGCGCUUAUGAUUCUCACAGGUUUUCUGGACCAGGUUGGAAAUGUAGAGUGCCCCGGUUUUCCGUCCUCCUCGCCUGCUGCAGAGGAAACUAGCUGCAGUGUCGCUAAGAGGCACACAAACAUCACUGACCUCAUCAAUGACUCCUAUAUCAAAUUCGGAGACCUGACAGUGCGGCAGAUUGAGCAGCUCCGCUGUCGACACAGAAUCCAGGUGCUCCAGGCACACGAAGACACCACCAAAGAAAAUGCGUUGAGACUGGUGUCGCCAGAUGUUUCCAUCCCUGCAGAGAACUUGGCCGACAUCUACGAUCUCUUCAAGACGGAGCACUUCAUCACUCUGUACUGGGGGGACAGCAGCGCGGCGGCGGCGGCAGAGGCAGCAGCGUGGCACUACUGUGACUCGAAUCGCUCCUUUAUAGAACGGCAGUAUCGGCUGGACCGACCUCAGUUUAAAAGCCAGUACGGGCUGCUGGUGCCGUGGCCCGAUGUCUCCAACCAGCACACCGACACGCUGGCCAACCGCACCUUCACCCUCCUGGACCAGGACUGCGACAACCUGGUCACCUUUAGAGACUUUGCCAGCUGGCUGGACACGCUGUACUUUGGGGAGCUGAAUGAGAAAAUAAGGCUGCUUUACUGCCUUCACAUCCCUCCAGCUCUGACAGAAACUGAAGAUGACCCCUCGGUUAUGAAGAGCCCCCUGCUGUCCACAAACAGACCUCUCUAUGUUAACCUGCCCCCUCGUGAUGACGGUGAAGUGACAGAUUACCAGGAUCAGCUGAAGCAGAUGCUCCAGGAUCUGGCCACAGAGAAGGAGAAAGAUGUGGAGAAGCCUCUGCCUCUCAUGAACCAGUCGGAGUUCAUCCAGUUCUGUAAAACGCUCUACAGCAUGUUCCACCCGGAGGAGAACGAGCUCUUCCAGGCUAUCGCCACAGUCACCAGUCUCGUGCUGCAGAUCGGCGAGGUCGGCCAUCGCGGUAAAAUCGCCGGAUCAGAGGCCAACAGCCAGGAGGGCUCGACGGCGGCGGGCGGGGUCGACGCCCGCAGAGGCAGCAGGAGUUCGGCGACAGCGGACAACGAGUGGACGGUGAGCUACGCUCAGAUCCUGGCCUCACUGCUCACGGAGCAGGCGCUGGUGAACUUCUUCGAGAAGCCUCUGGAUUUGUCGGCCAAGAUCACACAAGCCAAGGAGAGUCAGUAUCAGCAGCGGGCGGGUUUGCUCACUCUGCAGCGAGCGAGCAGCUGACUCGAACGUGAACAGCAGGCUGCGAGCUGCA